UUGGUCGUUUGAGUAGCCGUUUUAGCAAGGCUGCUAUCCAGAAAUAGAAUCACAGAUGGAAUAACAACUCCUCCUCUUUCAUAUUCUCUCCCUUUAUAUAUCGCCCGUGGUUUCGACUUUACCACCCCUCUCUCUCAUACACACAUACCACUUUCUUAUUUAUGAGCUGCUGAUGAGUAGUAGUACUAGUAGUUGAUUAUAACAGUGUUCCUCCCUGCAUUCAUAGUUUCUUUCUAGCUCGCACCGUCAUCUUAGAGUUGUAUCGUAAGUACUCAUACUGCAUCAUGCAUGCAUUCCUCUUACUUUACUCAGCUUCUAGCUAGCAGAUCCAAGGCUUCAUCCUUGAGGUUCGAUUGUAGUCAUUGUCCUGGAAUGGAAUCAUCACCACCAGGAUCUUCAAAGAAGGUUAAGGCACUUGGUAGUAUGACACAAGUUGUUUCAUGCUUAGUUGAUGGUUGCAACGCAGAUCUUAGUCGAUGCCGAGAUUACCACCGACGUCAUAAAGUAUGUGAGCUCCACUCAAAGACCCCGCAAGUUACAGUAAGGGGUCAAGAACAGCGUUUUUGUCAGCAAUGCAGCAGAUUUCAUUCUUUGGUUGAAUUCGACGAGGAAAAGCGAAGCUGUAGGAAACGCCUUGAUGGCCACAAUAGGAGGCGAAGGAAGCCUCAGUCAGAAUUGUUGCACAGAACAUCUGCAAUUUAUCAUUCUGAUCAGCCUGCAGGCUCCACGAUUUUGUCAUUCAGCAAUCCCACAAAACAGGUUCCAACUGCUGGCGGCAGCUCUUCCUGGAUUAAGGAUGUCAAAACGGAGGAUGAUACUUGGAUGUCCAACGCAAAUCUAAACUUCAUCAACAAACCCCCUCCUGGAUCUGCAGCUCAAAACUAUAAAGUCCCACUUACGUGCAGCAGCAAUCUUGCACUUGAAACAUCUUCCUUCUGUCAGCAGUUUCUUGAACCCGAUCCUGCUCGUGGCAUGAACCAGAUAGAGUUCCUAGACAGGUUCCAGAUGGGAACUUCCCACUCCUGUGGUGCUCCCUCUCUUCUGUCAUCAGAGCAACUUGAGACCAGUGUUGCUGCUUCAAGCCACAUGGUGCACCCUAACCCUGUCCAUUUUUCCCUCUCACAGUCCUUCAUGCAAGACACGCACUUCACUGGACUAGAGCAACCAGUUGUUGAUAACUUGUCAAAUAACAUGAACAAUUCAACAUUACAUUUCGGAAGAGCAUGUGAUCAGCACGGGCUUGACCUUGACGGAUCCUCUCAGCAUAAUCUGUCAUUCAGGUUAGACUGAAACUAGAUAUUUAUAUUUUGUGGUUAGUUCAUUGCCGUGAUAGAUAAACUGAUCAUUAAUGUUCCUCAUCUGAAUUUUUUUUGAUGAUAAAUCAAUCCUGAUAAUAAUUGUUGAAUUUUUAUUGUAAACACAACUUGU